ACUAUCUUCUGACCGAUUGAGCUUUUGGAGACUGGCAAAAAUGGCGGAGAAAGAGGCGACGGUGAGUGGCGAUGACGCCAUUAGAGUUAGCGGUAUGCAAUUCGCAUACGAAGUUGAGGAUCCUAUAUUCUUCGACUUCAACCUCGAUCUUCCAGCUGGUUCUCGCUGCCUUUUGGUUGGUGCCAAUGGAUCUGGCAAGACAACCUUAUUGAAGAUUCUGGCUGGAAAGCAUAUGGUGGGAGGAAAGAACGUUGUUCAAGUUCUUAGCCGCUCGGCUUUCCAUGAUACUCAACUUGUUUGCAGUGGUGACCUGUCUUAUCUUGGAGGAUCAUGGAGUAAAACCGUUGGUUCAGCUGGCGAGGUUCCUCUCCAGGGAGAUUUCUCAGCAGAACAUAUGAUAUUUGGAGUUGAAGGAACUGAUCCCGUGAGAAGAGAAAAGUUGAUUGAUCUUCUUGAUAUCAAUCUUCAAUGGCGUAUGCAUAAGGUUUCUGAUGGGCAGAAACGGCGAGUGCAGAUAUGCAUGGGACUCUUACAUCCAUUCAAGGUAUUAUUACUCGACGAGGUCACUGUUGACCUAGACGUCGUUGCAAGGAUGGAUUUGCUGGAAUUUUUCAAAGAAGAAUGUGAUCAGAGAGGAGCUACAAUUGUAUAUGCAACUCACAUAUUCGACGGGCUAGAGACAUGGGCGACACAUUUGGCCUAUAUUCAGGACGGUGAGCUGAAUCGUUUAUCGAAAAUGACAGAUAUUGACGAGCUGAAAACUUCACCCAACCUCCUUUCCGUGGUAGAAUCUUGGCUCCGUUCUGAAAUCAAACUCGUGAAGAAAAAGAAGAAGCCUGUGGCACCAUGGAAACCAUCUCCAUUCGAUAACUCUCCUUUUAGAUCAUCAAGACACAUGGCUUAUUACCGAUGAUUGGUGAUUACCAGUGAGAUAUAUGAAUGUGAUUGGCAUAAUCUCAAUAUCUUAAGCCUUAAACUCUCACAAACCCUAUCAAAAAGUGAAUUAUGGACUAUAAAAAAGUGAAAAACUUUAUGAGAUUAUUGAUUCUUUAAGGAAAUUCUCAAUUAGCUUUCACUUCAAAGAAGGGCAAAGGCAAUAAACAGUAAAGAACAAU